AUGCCAUCCGUAGCAGCUGUGCCGGUCGAUUUAGCUGUGAAAGUUUUAAAAAAAUACAUAGCUCAUUUCACCAAUGAAUUUCCACCAUGGAAGUCAGAAAUCUGGAAAAAAAUUGCAAAUGAUCCUGAGCUAGAGGGUAAAUGGUCUAUUGGUAGCGUGAGAACGAAUGUUAGAGAAGAUAGAAGAGGAAUUUUGAGUGAAGCCAGAAGACAGUGUGGUAUUAGUGUAAAUAUCAUAUCUAAUAAAAAAUCAAACGUAAAUGAAAAUUGUGACAUCUCCGAAGAAUCAGAUGAAGAUUGUGACGAGGAUGAUUUGAAUGAAGAAUCAGAUUCUGAGAAUGAUGAUAUUUAUAAGAAUGAAUGUUUUACAGUAGAAAUUUCCCGGGAUCUGUGGAAUGAAAUACGUAACCCUGAGCCUCUGGCUUACAAAGGUCGCAAAUAUAUUGGGUUUAAACCAAAGGGGUGGACCAAUGAAGUAUCUAAUGCUUUUUGGAAGCAGCACCAUUUAAAGUGUGCUUUCGUGUUUAAAAGAGGCAGAAUAACUGAAAAUGGAAGAAAUUAUGCGACUAUAUCCGGACGCUGUCGAGCUAAAAAUUGUCAAAAUCCAGUGAAAGGAAUAAUUAAAGACUGUCCUGGAGAGGUCGGGCCUGUAUAUAUUAAAAUGUUUUGUCGUGAUACUCGUUUCGUAAAACACGAAGAUGUCAAAAGACCACUUAACGGAACAGAACGUCUGAAAGUGCAAGCAGAACUUUUGAAAACUCGUGCUUCUGCUUGGAGGAAGGCUAAAGCCAAAGAUAAUAUAGAUCCGGGAGAUACUGGUUCGCCGUUUGUGUAUGAUUCGAAUACUCUGCAUCAAGCGAAAAAAGAAGCUAGCAACAAGAAACUUGGUAUUAAAACUGAUGACACGCGAGACAUGAUUUUAGCGAUUAGAAACAUGAAUGUUGAUCCGUCUUAUGUUAAUUCUAUUUUGGCGAUUGGUGAUACACCAUUUUAUGUAUUUUAUGCAACUCCAACGCAGUUUCAAGCAUACAGUGAAUAUCAACGCACACAUCGGCAAUAUUCAUGUAUAUGUAUAGAUGCAACCGGUGGUGUUGCAAAAAAACUGAUCGAUUCAAGAGGCGACAAGACAGGUUACAUUUUUUUGUACGAAAUUGUAAUAAAUUUUGAUGGAACUUCAGUAGCCGUGUAUCAAAUGUUGUCGGAGGUACAUGACACUUCUUUCAUCGCUUUUUGGCUCUCGCGAUGGGUACAGAAAGUUAAAUUACCCAGCCAAGCAGUUUCUGAUGGCUCAAAAGCCCUCUUAAAUGCGAUGUCGAUUGCUUUUAAUAAUAAAACAUUAAAAGAAUAUAUUAAUUUUUGUUUUGAAGCAUUAAUUGCUGGAACUAAUAAACGCCCCAACACGUUUAUUAGAUUAGAUACUGCACAUUUCAUCCAUUCUGUGUCUAAAUGGAAGUGUUUUGAAUCAGCAUUAAGCAAAAUAGUUAAGACUUUUUUUAUCCGUUGCAUGGCGCUAAUUGUUGACUGUCGAGUUUUAAAACAACUGGAAGAAAUUUUUAUUUUAAUGCUAAUUGUUGCGAACACAGAGUUUGAAGAUUCAAUAAUUGCUGUUGAUAAUAACUGUAUGACCCCUUUAGACGCCAGAAAACGCUUGGAGGGAUUUAUUUCUGAUAGAAAUAUUAAAGUCGCAGAAAGUGAUUUAGAUGAACCUGAUGUGGACGACAAAAUUCUUCUGGAUAAGCUUUCUAAUUUUGAUACAGAUCACCUCGGUUGGUCUGUCUCCAUUUUAACGUGGGUUGAUAAUUUAAGUAGAAAAGCUAAUACAAUUAUUUUUACUGGGUCGAAUCUAAAUAGCUUUCGUGUACGUGGUUUAUAUGACAGACUACUCGAAAAAAUUAAAGAGUUUCCGAUUUUUACAAACAUUUGCACUCCAGAGACAAUGUCUAGAGGAACAUCUUGUUUCAUAGAAGGUGACUUUAAAGAUUUAAAAUUGAAUUUAGAGCAACAAGUUAAAUUACCUACUACGAUUCUUAAGUUUUUAAAGCUUCACAUACCAGAAUUAUUAGGUGGCAUUUGUAUAUUUCGAGCUAAAGUCAAUAAGUUCAUUGUCGAUAAUCAAUUUAAGGAUGACAUGAAUGAAUGCGAGCAUGGAAAAUGGUUUGAAAACUGGAAAGGGCUAGGAAAGGAAAAGACUGCUAGAAGUGCAUGGACAGCUUAUGAAAAUCCAACAAAAGAAGAAAAUGAAAAAAAUGAUAACGAUGCUCUAUUUGUUAAUAGUGAAAGCACAAAUAACGAUUCCUCAAUUUCACAUGAUCAUGAUUAUUCAAUUAAAUUGGAAAACUUGGAUAACGUUUCAUCGUCGACACAAAUCACAGAAAUUAGUCCAAAUGAAAACCAUAAUGAUGAUAACAAGAAAAACGUAAAUAUUACAACUGACUUACCUUCUAUUGAAGUAAAUAAUGAUUGUUUACUUAAAGCUGUAGAAGAGAUAAAUAAGAAUAAGAUGGACAAUAAAAAAGAAACUAAAUAUUUUCAGAAUUAUCCUGAAGUAAAACUACAAAACAAUUUAGUUAAUGAAAAAGUGAAAAAAAUUUUUGUUUUAAAUAAUGGCAAUUUAUCUGGUUCGGUUUCUUUCAGUAAACAAAAUUGGAUAGUAUACAAUACGUGUCCUUUUGAUACGAUUGUUCAAGUAUUAUUUCAUAGUGCACUAGAACAUCCGAAUUUUCACGAAUUUCUCACACAGUCUAAUAUUCCAGUUUUUAAAUUUUUGACUGAUUUUAUGAACAGUGGGCCAUCUAAAAAAAUUUAUGAAAAGAGACUGUCACUACUACAUCCAUUAUACAUUGGAACAAAUGAUGGGAAAUUGCAGAAGAUAUCUGACAAAGGUUCGAAAAGCUCUGUGCUAUGUCAGACUAUUAAUUGUCAAGACAAUAUUAUAAAUUUGUGGAAGACAUUGUUGCAAGAGGUACCUGGAGUACUUGAAGAGAUGACGUGUUCGAAUCCAGGUUGUGGUUACUCUUACACAAAGAUUUUACCAGUUCUGUUCGUUAACCAUAAUGUAAUAAUCAAAAAAGGAUUCUCUUCAUUGGAAAAAGCUCUAGACUUUCAUGCGAAAAUUUUUAAUGUUUCGUGUUCAUUGUGUAAAUCCGGGAAGCAAACGCGUCGUUACACUCCUAAAGAGUGCAUUUUUAUUGAAUUAGACAUUCGUGGAAGUAGCAAGGAAUCAUCUGGACGUACCUGUACAUUAAGCGAACUUCCUGCUAAAAUUACUUUGAAAGCUCACAAUAAGGAUGCAAUUUAUAUUGACUUAUGUUACCGAUUGUCCGGAGUAGCAGCUUAUGAUGUCGGUCAUUAUUUUGCAUACUGUAGGAAAAUAUCAGGUAGUUGGAAAAAAUUCAAUGACCUCAAAGUAAAACCUGAGUUUGUGUCACCUAGCACUCGAUUGCAGCCUCACGGAGUUUUUUAUGUUUUAGAACCACAAUGA